ACGAAAGCGAAAAAUUGACAGUUGUGCCUGAAAAGUGGAAAGCGACGCAUGUCUAUCGAACAAAACGGAAAGCUAUAAAAAUACCAAAACCAACUAAGUGUUGAAUGGAAAGUAGUGAAUUUCUAUUUGAAAUACUUUAAAGGAUUCUGAGAGCCAAAACAAUUAAACAAAGAAAAGAAAAACAAAAAUCAAGAAAGUGUUAGCAUAAAUGCAUAACUGCGCGAAGGAAGUGAAAAGUGUGGUUGUCUUAAAUAUGUUUGACAUCUAAAAGAAAAAAAAAAAUUUGCACAUUUGUAUGUAUUCCAAUGUGUGUUGGUGUGUUUGUGCAAGCGUCAUUAUCCUUAUGGCAAAAUAAGUAUGCGAAACUGUAAAAAUAAAGGAUGCAGGCAGUGUAGUACAUAAAUGCUAACAAAUGAUACUGUGUUUCUGACAUAAAUUGAAAAAGUAAACAACUAAGUAAAAAUUGCGCAGCGCCGAAAAUAGUGUGAAAAAGCUCUUCACAUAGGUACAUAUUUGUAAGAACAAAAUUAAAUGAGAAAUUUCGAUAUGCAUAUCCGCGUUCUUUCUUACAUACGCAUUCAAUAUUGACUUUAACUUGCCAUUUUAUAUAUUUUUUUUUGUUUUUUGUUCCGUUUUGUUUUUAUUUCGUGUUUACGACUUUUUUAUACGACUUCGCAAUUGCCGGUCUUAAUUAUUUAUACAACAAUUUGUUUGUUAAGCCAGCUGUGGCCAAAGAAUUAUCAACACUAGAGACUUUACUUCUCUAUAAACGUCAGCAAGUGUCGUUUACGAAACCAAAAAAAAAGUAACAAAAAAUAACAACAAAAUCGUCGAUAGCAGCACCGGCGCAGCAGCAUUUCAAGCAGCAUCAACAGUAGCAACAAUAAACCGUUAGUUCAGUGGGGUCAAUGACGAGCACGUCAUUGAAUUUAUGAACUGGUUAAAUUCAAUAACCAAUCCAGCGUUCAAAAAGAAUUGCUUUGCCGAUAAUAUUUUUACAAACUCAACUGUCUUGCCACUUCACGCAUCAAAAGCACUUUGCAGCAUAACAGCAAACAAUAAACAAUUCGCCACUCGACAAAAAAUCUCAACAAGCCCACGACGAAGCAUAAGAAGAUUUAUCGAACUCAAAAGUGCCUUCGUCGUUAACCGCAGUCGCUUAACAAUUCGCUGUCGUCCUUUGACAUCUUAAGUGUGAGAUCAAGUGUGUUGUUCGACGACUGAAUAGCUCGCCUCCACUCCAUACCACCGACAGAUAGCAUAGCUGUUGAUAUUUUAUUUGUAUUCACUUUCCGUUUUCUUUUUGCGCAUUAACGUCGCUGCUCUGUGAACAAUGGUUGCAAUCGAACAUCGUCAAAAGUCAUCGACAGCAGCAACAGCAACAGCCACAGCGACAUCAGCAACAACAAUCAACAUAGCCGUACUAUCGCCAACAUCGUCCGCCUCAUCAGCAUCGGCUGCUUCGAAUACCACUACGACGACCACUUCGAGCAUUCAACAACAGCAGCAGCAACAACAACAGCAAGAGCAGCAGCAGCAAUCACAUAAAAGUCUCGAGGAGAAGAAGCAAUUGGUUGAAGAGGUAUUGAAAUCGAAUCCAAAAUCACCCAUACAAAAGCAGUUAAGCAAAACAGAUAAAAUGUCACAGCUGGAAUCACCCGCCGAUACAAAAAAUGCGGAGAAGCAACAGCAAAACAAGGAUGGCGGUGCAGUCUCGAAGAGUGCGGUUAGUCAGCGUAAUGUCGAUAUAAAAAUUUCCAAAAAAUCGAAUUUGGAUGCAGCUACCAAGGAGCUUACGAAAAAGGUACUCAAGCUGGAUUUGACGGGGAAGGAUUUGGAUGAGUUCUCCAUUAAAUCGCCCAAAUCGCCAAUAGCGCGUUUACCGCAUCAAACAUCGCUUACCUCGUCGGUCGAUGUGGAGGAUCGCAAAACGUUACGUGAGGCCUUAUACCAGGGUAUAUUUCAUCGACAUCGAAGAACCAUUUUCGCUGUGGGCAGCUUCUUGCGUAUGCUACGCAGCCGCAAUUCACAAUACAAUACCAUACGUAGCUCGUCGGAGGGUGAGGAUGUGGAUGAAGUUAGAUAAGACGAUGUUUUGUAGAUGAGGCAAACCACAGAAACAAGUAUAUACAUGUAGAUAAACAUAUGUAUGUAUAUUUAAACGGAUAUACUUAUAUAGAAUAUAUAUAAAUACAUAUGUAUAUGCAAACAUACAAACACAGAAAGAAUAGGAAGCAAACAAAAAAAAAUAAUUAUAUACAAAAAAAAAUUAAUGUUAAGCGCAUAAACGUGAGCGAGCGAUAAAAAAAAUAAAUAAAUUAUGUUACACUAACAACAAAAAGUAUACACACAUACAAACAAACAUAUAGUGGUGCAUAGUUAGCUAGAGUGGUUAGUAGAUUAUGUAGACACACCUGCAUAAAUGCAUACAAACAUACUUACAUGAAUGUUCAAAGUCAUAUGCGCCAAAAAACACAUAAAUACAUACAGACAUACAUAUAUUCAUACAUAUAUAUGAACUCACAGAAAGUCAUAGGAUCUUUAUGUCAUUGUUGUGUAGAAAUGUAUGCAGGUAAAUUAUAUACGCAGCCACAGCCAUAAAUUCAUACAUAGAAAACGAACCUAUACAUAUUUAUUGAAAGUUGUACGAAUGUAGUUAAAUAAAAUUGAAGAAAAUAUAUACAUAUGUAUAUAAAUAAUUGUCAGAAUUAAAGCAAACUGCAAAAAGAAUUUGAAAGUAAUUUGCGUUGGUAAUUCGCAAGUCUAAUGAUUUUUCGAUUUCUCAUAAAAAAAAAAAUAAAAAUAUAAAAAAAGAUACACUUUUCAUUUUUUGAGCCUUUCACUUAGUGAAAUUUAGCUUGUAGCUUAAUAUAGUCGUCAUAUACACGUACCACUUAAAUUCAUGUAAGCAUGCAAGUGUAUAAAAUUAUUUGAAAACUUGUACUUAGUACCUACGUAUAUAUGUUUUGCACAUUUUAGCCGAAAUUUUUUUGGAAGUGACGUUUUCUAACUGUAAAUUGCUUGCUUGCCUACGUUGUGUAUGUACGUUAUGUAAAUUGGUAGUUUUUAGUUUUCUUACUACGCUGAAUCGAGCAAAAAAAAGGUAAAUUUAAACAUUUUUAAACUAUUUUUUAAAUAAAUACGAGUGCAUACUUUCAAAAAAUUUGUUAUAUGUAUGUACGAGUAGAGUUGUCAAACGAGUUUUAUUAUAUACAUACACACAUACAUACAUAGAUAAAUAAUAUUUUUCAAACCAUUUUGCUUAACACAUUCCGUAUAAGCCGAAUAACCUCGAAUUAGUUACUUACAUAGAUAAAGAAAUACAUAAAUAAAUAUAAAAAAUUAA